AUGCCCCGUUCCCCCAAUGUGUCCAAUCGCCACGACCCACUCCGUGAGCUCCCAUUUCAGGCACCGGGCUAUCAUUCUCGCACUUCAUUCACUGGUUCUUGGAAGCUCCCCACAUCGACCCCGGCCGCAAUCCCCGGCUUCACACCGCCCACCCAACAAACAGCUUCCACCUCUGUUUACCCCCCGCCCUCACCUCAGUUACCGCCCCCACCAAACCCUUCUCCCCCCAAACAAUCUGCGCCGAAACCCAACCCCACUCCAAAGUCUACUCCCAAAUCAACACCGAAAUCCAAAUCCAAAUCCGAAUCCGAAUCCGAAUCAAACUCCACGUCCAAGCCACAGUCCACCCAACGAGCCACACCCACCGCGACACACCCACGACUGGCUGAAACUCCGCGGGCUGAAACUCCGCGCUCGCAUUCCCCCAAAGCCUACCCCGAGCCACAGGUUAUCGUCCCGCCCUCCCCAAUCAAGAUGUCUUCUACUAAGAAGAGAGGCCGGCCCAACAAGAUUGUCGAGGUGGCCAUACCCGCUCCGGGGCCCGCUGUCCAAUAUCCUGUGUUUCGGUGCCGGUGGGGAGACUGCCAAUCCGAGUUGCAUAAUCUGAAAGCUCUGGAAAGUCAUCUGAUGCAGAUGCACAUCCCGUACAGCUUCAUUUGCAAGUGGCAGGGCUGCAGUGACACGAGCCCCAAGGCAGCUGCCGAUAUGUGGAAUCAUGCCCAGGAUGCGCACAUGCGUCCCGUGGCUUGGAAAAUUGGAGAUGGACCAAAAGUACCUGUUACUGGUGAGAAAAGCGACGUGCCUGCUACCUUCGAUAUCGUGCUGCCAGAAGCUCGGCUUUAA